GAAGAGUUUCGCUCGAAUUAGUUACGAUAGCCGUGAUCCCGAGACUGGAGAGGAGCCUAACCGUGCGGAACUGUGGUUAACAACCAAGUUUAGUAUGAAGAGGAAUGCUUGGGCUGGCAGGAGAUCGGGAAAAGUCUAUAGCGACCUUAAGAGGCUAGAGGCUCAAUCAAUGGAGGAAGGAGCUACCCCCAUGACUGAGGAUCAGAGGUUUGAAGCAGUGCUCGGUCCGAAAAAAUCAGGAUAUAUACGUGGUCGUGGGGCUGGUCCAAAGCCCACAACAUCUACAGCUGGACAGCGCAUCCGUGCACAACUAGAGAAGGAGAAUGAGGAAUUGAAGUGGCAAGCUGAAACAAAUAGGAUGCGUUGGGAGUCGUUGGAGAAGGAAAACAGUGAUUUGGCUUUACGACUAAAGUCCUUAGAGUCCAAUAUGCAUGUUGAGAUACAAACACAGGUGCAUGCCGUGCUUCAAACUCAGCUCACCACAUUUUUUCAGCAAAUGAAAGAGUCGGGGCAAAUUCUUACCUCUCAUCAUUGUGAUAGGGUACAAACAAGUGGAAGCUCUGAAAACAGCUUUGGAAGGCUCGCCUCCGAAGACUAAAGACAAGUUGAAAACAUGAUCAUAAUUGUUCUUGGAACAUUUUUCAGUUUUAAUAAAACAGUUACUGUUUUUCUUGUAAACAGUUUCUGUUGUUGCCUCUUGUAACUGCGUCCAAGAUAUUGAUGUUGUUAUAUUCUAGCUGAUUUUAGGCUUUUCAUUGUUUCAAAUUCUAGUAGUGAUUUUAGGCUUUUCUGUUUCAAAUUUUAGUGGUGAUUUGAAUUGUGGAUAAAAUGUAUACUUUUAGAUGCAAUUAAUUGUUGUGACUAAACGUCAAGUUUUAAUUGGAC